AUGGCUGAAACCCAGCGAAUGACUGUUUAUGGUAGACAUCCUCCCUGUGCUAGUGGAGCUCGUUUAGAAGAACGUCGUGCUAGAAGAUUAGCCUUAAGGUUAGAAAGAAAUCGAAAGUCAGAUAAACCAGAUGAUUUUAUUUGUUAUGAAUCAAGUGAUGAUGAAGCAGAAACUGUAAGCGAAGGAAAACAAUUUUUAAGAACUUCGUUUAAUUUUGUGGAUUAUGUACGUGCAAGGGAAACAAACACAAGAGAAGUGAGAAAAAUUAAUCAAGAAUAUGGAUUUCGACACAUAUUAACUCAUGAUUUAUUUAAAGAAUAUUCGGUUAGCUUAAAUAAUAUGAAUAAAGUUUUUUGUUCUCAAUGGUUAAGUGAUAGGCAAGUAGUAUUUGGUACAAAAUGCAACAAAUUGAUGGUUUAUGACGUAGCAACACAGAAAUUAGACCAAAUACCAUCUCUACAUGGAAGGCAAAUUAAUUCAGGGAGCGGUGUUGUUCCUGAGCAGUGUGGUAUACAUUCUGUUCAAAUCAAUCCUUCCAGAACUCUCCUAUCAACUGGAGCAAGAAGUAGCAAUGAAAUAGCAAUAUAUAGGCUACCAACAUUAGAUCCAGUUUGUGUAGGAGAAGGUGGUCAUAGAGAUUGGAUUUUUGAUAUGUGUUGGUUAGAUGACGAAUUUUUAGUUUCUGGUUCUAGAGAUACCAAACUGGCUUUAUGGCGUAUAGAUAAUGAUCUUGCUGAAGCUCCCGAUAAAGUAGAUGUGCCAACACACAGGUUGAUUCAACCUAUAUGUGUUAAAGAAUGUAGAUCUGCACAAAAAGUACGAGCUCUCGUUUUCAAUAGAAUGUACAAAGAAAUCGCAGCUAUUACUUUGAAUAGCUUCAUACACAUAUGGUCUGCUGAAACUUUUAGACAAAAGAUAUCUAGAAAACUACCAGUUUGCCAAGAAAAUGUUUGCCUUGCUGUUCAAGAUGACGGUGUAUACGCCGUAGGAUGUCGUUCUUACACUUUACUUUUGGAUGCAAGAACUGUACAACCUGUAAAAAGAAUACUUUCACGGUAUAGUGGUUGCGGAAUUCGAUCAGUUAGCUUUCAAGGUUCUGUUUUAACAAUUGGAACAGGCUUAGGAAUGAUGUUCUUUUAUGAUGUCAGGGCACAAAAGUAUCUUGAAUCUUCAAUUAACUCUAACAGAACUGUUGUAUUAAAAGCAUCAAAAGGAUAUGUGUUUCCUGACGAAGAGUACAUCGAUGGAUUUCAGAAUGUAAAGUAUACACCUGCUAUAUAUACUCAUUGCUACGAUGGAUCGGGAACUCGAUUAUUCGCCGCUGGUGGACCUCUUCCCAUAAAUCUUUAUGGUAACUAUGCAGGAUUAUGGCAAUAA